AUGAGGCUCCCUUGUGCUAGGAACCGCUCAUCCGACAACCCGCUUUUGCCGUCACUUUCCUCCCCUCUGCUAUCGUCAACGCUCCUGAUUCAGCAGUUCGAAUCAAGUUUGCCCAAGAUGAGCUACAUCGCCCGCCGCGGUCUCUCGACCUUGAUCCCUCCCAAGAUCGCUUCUCCCAAUGCGAUCGGUGCCGCUCAGGAUGCUGCUCGUAUGGAGCGUGUCGUGAACUUCUACGCCCGCCUCCCCCGCGGUGCUGCUCCUGAGGUCAAACCUACCGGUCUCAUUGGACGCUACCAGGCCCGCUACUUCAGCGGCAAGAAUGCCUCCGCUGCGCCCCUUGCCCACGCCAUCGGUGGUAUCCUGAUCAUCGGAUACAGCAUGGAGUACUACUUCCACCUCCGUCACCACAAGAACCACCCUCACUAA